AUGCCACAAUUAACAAGCUGGAGAUUGGCUCGAACUAAGGAGAUUGAUACCAUUUUCAAAAUCUUCCAGAGGCUUGGGACGCCUACUGAGCAAAUGUGGCCGGGAAUCACCGAGCUGCCAUACUUCAAGCCCAGCUGGCCUCAGUGGCCAGCGCACUGUUGGGCGCAAAUCAAGAAUAUCUUGCCGCAGGUGGGUGCAGAAGGCGCAGAUCUUUUGGACAAGCUCACUUACUACGACCCUAGACGGCGAAUCAGUGCAUACCGAGCACUGCAGCAUCCGUAUUUCAAUGAUGCACGAAGAGACCUGGGCGCCUAG